AUGGAUGCUGCCAAUUCUCCCAAAUUCGGGAAAGCGUUUGGAGAGAAAUACUUUAUGUUUAGACCAGGUUUCAUCCAUUUAAACCAAGGUCGAUCUUAUGGCGGAUAUCCCCAUUUAGUGCGAGAUGCCUUACGUUCUGUCCAAGACGCAGUACAAGCCGAGCCCGAUAAUUUUGUCCGAUACAUAUAUCCAGCAAAAGUAGAUGAAGUUCGCGAACUAAUUGCUACUCAUAUGCAUGCUACAAACACAGAUGAAAUUGUUUUAGUUCCGAACGCAACAACGGCACUAAACACCGUGCUGCGCAAUUUGACCUAUCAGCCAGGAGACAUGAUUGCUUAUAUACAAGGAACUUAUGGAGCAAUUGAGAAGACGGUGGAUUAUCUGGUGGAAACUACGCCCGUGGAAAGUAUUCGCGUUCCUUUUGAUCCAACCGUGGACGAUGAUAAUACGCUUGUCGAGGCGUUUCGCUCGGUUUUGCAAGAGAACCAUGGCCGCAUUCGUGUGGCCAUUUUUGAUACCGUUAUGAGCAUGCCAGGGCUUAGAAUGCCAUUUGAGCGCCUGGCGCAGAUCUGUAGAGACUUUGGAGUGCUAAGCGCUAUUGACGGAGCUCAUGGUAUUGGCUUAAUUAAUCUAAACAUGGAGGAGCUUGGAGCCGAUUUUCUCACCACGAACUGUCACAAAUGGCUAUUUGUGCCACAUACCUGUGCAGUCCUGUAUGUCGCCUUGAAGAACCAAAAUCUCAUGCGGUCUUCUAUUCCAACGUCGCAUGGCUUCCAGCCACUUCCCGAAAUUCUACAGAAGAAACAAUACAUAAGCCCAUAUGAGCUUCCGGCAUCCAAAAACCCAUUCGUAUUUCAGUUCAGUUAUACUGGCACAAUUGACAAUGGGCCGCCGUUAUGCAUCCCCGCUGCGCUUCGUUUUAGGCAAGACAUCUGUGGCGGGGAACAGGCUAUACAGGCUUAUUGCCAGGAUUUGGCUCGAGAAGGCGAGAAACUCAUUGUUGAGAUAUUACAGAGUCGCCCUAUAUCCAUACCGGAGACAAAGCGAGUUGCCUUUGCCAAUGUUCGCCUUCCUUUGGAAAUUGUAUCAUCCGUUGUUGAAGAGAAAGGACAUUCAGUUCCCUUGUCGGACGUCGGCAAAGUUAUUGACUUUAUUCUUGAACGCCUUGCGAAGGAUUAUAAUACGUUUCUGAAUAUUGCCUUCAUCUCGGGAUCAUUAUGGGCAAGAUUCUCGGCUCAAGUGUAUCUUGAACUAGAGGACUUUGAGCAUGGUGCUAAAGCUUUAAAAGAGCUUUGCGAGAAAAUUGCCAAUAGGGAAUACAUAAAAUUGUAA